GUGCCCUCUCCCAGCCCCUCUCUGGAUGCAUCAGACCCCUCCUCCCCGGGGCCCUGGACCCGGCUUGUGACUCCGCCGACCUCGCCCCGUUGGCCCUCCGUCUCCGGUCGCCCUGCUCCACAGUUACCACCACCUGUCCGUCCCGGGGCUCCUGCUCCGGGCCCCCUGCCCCUCGACCGGCGGGCAGAGGCAGGGGGCCAUGGCGCCGCGGUAGCCAGGCCCCUCGCAAUGAGCAGUGUGACCCCUUCGGAGAGCAGCAGGAUUCAGGGGUCAGACUUAGCCCCACUUCACUACAAGCCCUUCAGCUCGCAUGAACACUACCAGCAGGUGAUGGAUGCUCAUCGUAAGCUUCUGGAGAGCGGCUUUUACUUUGGGCCCAUUGGGGGUCUGGAGGCCAAAGCCUUGUUGAACAAAGAGGAACCUGGGACUUUCCUCAUCCGCGACUCGUCGGACCGCCGCUACUUCUUCACCCUGUCCGUGCAGACGGUUUAUGGAACCAGGAACCUCCGCAUCCACAGCGAGGAAGGCGGCUUCUUCCUCGAGAACGACUACCAAAACAAAGAGAAGGUGCCGCGGUUCGACUGCGUGCUGAAGCUCAUCACGUUCUACAUGGGGAGAGGGAGGGACGUGCAACUGACCGUGGAUGGGGCGAGUGAAGGAAGUAUGGAAACCAUUUACCUGAUGGACAGCCGUGGGAUUAAAACCCCGCUGGAGCUGCUGAAGCCCCUCAAGAUCAGCCCCUCGUCCCUGAAGCACAUAUGCAGGAGGGCGCUGAACCGAACGGGCCAAGGAGAGAUGCAGCAACUCCCGCAGGCGCUCAGAGACUUCAUGGAGAAGUACGACGCGUCUAUCUGACUGAUGAGGAACAGCACAGAACGCUUCUCAGAGCUGAUCAGACUGAAAUGAGGUCACUGCGACCAGAAUCAGCCGAUCUCAGCACUUUUGAUUCCUAGUAAAUCGCUGUUGGGCUUCGUCUACUUUAACCCCCCAGAUGCUGGAGUCGGCUUUGGGUAACCGGCGAUUACCUCGUCUAUCCUGCCUUAGGAGAACCUGACCACUACCGUUUGGGGUGGCAGAUGAAGCCAGAGGUCUAAGAUCAGCGUUUCUUAUGACUGACUCAGACGCAGAGCAGAGCCUCGUAGAAGAUUGUAAACGAUGGCGGUAUCAUGCCGCCGCUGACAUCGGUGGGUUUUAACGCUCUUAAAGAAAGAACAUCCUCAUUUUUUCAACUCUUUGGAUCGCGAGAUGGAGAGGGAGCGAAUGAAGGAGGAGUAACAGAAAAAAGGCAAAGUCCAAACGAGAAAAGAGAGAGAGGGGGAGAAAGAGGGAUAGAUCCCGGCAUACAGUAUUUGUUUGUCUGAGUGUGUGCGUUGUGGUUGUGCACAAAUUUCCAUUCCCUUUUCCCGCAAAUGUUGCCACAUAGAGGGGAGUGGGCUGGCCAUGCACGCUAGCUCAACACACACUCUUGCAGGUACAGGCCCACAUGUCGGUUUUGUCUGCGUAGGGCACAAAAAAAUUCAUUUCUUCUUCUGCUGUUUGUUUCUUAUUCCUCCUCCAUUACCCUUCCCUCCAAUUUUUUCUUUUUUUUUUUUUUUGAUGCAUGUGUGCUCUGACAGCGCCAGAAAGCAGACCGCAGUCGCCGAGACAAAAGCUUGUUAUUGACACAAAGGCUCUUGUGAGGGACCAAACAAAAGAAGAAGAAGAAAUUAUUUUUAUCCAGACUGCAAAGAUGUAAAGAUUGCUGGAGACUGGCAGUAAUAAUCCCGGGGAUGGGGAAGGAAGAAGGGUGGGAAGACAGAGGAGGGGGGCAGAAGAGCGGGAAAUGGGAUUAGGGAAGGGGAAACUGAAGGAGGAGGAGACAUACUGGUAUACAGCUUGAUAAAAACACUGAUUAGAUUGAUGAUGCAGUCCAACAGGAUGUAGCUUGUGUAAAUAUGACGGCUCCAUCUUAGUCUCAAAUCAGUUCUUUUUGAGUAUUUUAUCGAGAAAUGCAACAAACUAACUUGUACUGGCUGAUACCAAUAUAUCCAAAUUUUUUUGAGAGCCUGACCUUCCAAUUUUUAGGUCUGUAAGACAAAAACUUUUUUAUGUAAAUGUUUUAAUUCUGUAGCUAAAGGCUGCAUGAUGGAGGAAGUAGCGACAAACCCAAAGGAAAAUUAGGCAAUCAUGAGAUUUUUAUUUUUUAUGAAACUCAAAAUAAACUCCAUCAAAGGCGUGAUGUUUGUUGAUAUGUUUACACACUAAAAAUUGACAUUUUUGAUGCAUUUAAAACAUACGUGUUUAAAAAAUUGAGAUGCACCGAUUGAUCAGCUGGAGAUUGGAAUUGGCUGAUUUUCUUUCUCUUAAUGAUGGACUAACAAUAACAAAUACAUGUAAUAUUUCCUUUUAUUCAAUGAAAACCAAGAACUCCCAACAUUUGCAGUCUGUAAACACAUCAACCAAAUUUAUGUACUUUGCUGCACAUUUUUUUUUAGAUUAAUUCAAAUCUAAUGAAGAUUAGGCAGAUUACACCUAAACAAGAAUAAUCUUAAUUUUUGAUGGAUUACAAGAGUCUAUUUCUGUCAAGGAACCUGAAGUCUAUUUUGUUCUUUCAUAUGUGUCAAAAUUGGCAUCUGAAGGUAAAACCCAAAGGAAAAUCAGAAAUUGGUAUUGAUCAUAACAGAGAUGUAAUGGUCAGGCUUUUCUGCCCAAUACAGAUAAUCUGGUUUUCUUGGUGGUCUGACCUGCUGUCUCUGAUUUUGUUAUAGUUUUAUAAGAAACCCAAUUUGUCUAAAUGCUGUUUAAAUUCAACACUUAAGAGUGUUACAAGUUCAUUUGUAAUUUUGGAUCCAAAUGGAAAUGAAGAAAUUGCAGCAAUAAGCAUUGUAAAUCCAACAGUAGGAGUUGAUGAAUAAAAGUGGAUUAUUUUGUAAUAUCUCCAAUUCUAUUCUGGUCAGAUAUGCUACUUCUAUCAAACAACUCACAUGUGUGUUCUUUUAAUGCCUCGCAGUCCUUUUAAAAACCAGAAUCUGUGGGUCAGACCUAAAGCAAAAAUCAGAAAUUGCUGUCAGCUAGGAAAUCCUGAGCGAUUCAUCUCAAGAAAAGGGAAAUAAAAAGGGGAAUUCUGCAACCAUCCACUAUGCCAUUCAUCUUUAAAACUGCUUCAAAGUUUAGAGCUGCACCGAUCAGGCCAAUACCGAUUUCAUAUUUUUCUUUGAGUUUGAUGCCAUUUUAGAAAAAAAAGUCAGUGGUGACUUUAAUUAAUCUCAGAAGUGCAUCAAACUGCAUGCUUAUAUGUUUUGUUUUUGUAGGCAGAUGGACAUAUGCAUUUUGUGUGUAACAUUUGUAUUAGCUUAUUUCCUUUUAAGCCUUUUGUGUUGGUUGCCUGCCCGCUCUCUCUCUUUCUCCUGGUCUUCCAGCGCCAUUCAUGAAGGAGUUAAAGAGGAAACAUGCUGUUAUUUGAACUGUUUAUAACCUUUUUUCUUUGCCUUUGGAGAACAUCAAGGGAACUAAAUACUUCCCUUAGGAAAUUCUUUUAAAAUGCAUUUUGUAAAACUAACUGCAAGACUCAGAUUUGACCCACAUUAUUAUCUUUUUGUUGUGUUUUCCUCGUGCUCAUACUCACCUGUAAUCCAUAUUGGAAUGGUAGCCUUUUCUUUUCUUUUUAAAUCAUGAAACAGUGUGAGUUUAUGUAGCCACAGUGAUGCACACCUUUUGUAUUUAAUGGUCAGAUCUGGGUCUUACUGUCUUGCAUCAAACACCAAGUUCUUACAUGUUGUGCUGCAGCAGUAGACCGAGUGUAUGUGAAUCAUUUGUCUUUUAUAAAGACUCACUUGCAAAAGGCUGGCCACUAGUCUGGCAAAAUACAAGCUGUAAUAUCUGCAAUGUCAAAAGCAUUACAUAAUAAAUGAAAAAGAAACGUUGCACAUAUUUAUAUUUCUAAAAUAUUUCAAUAAUUUAUAUUAAAGAACACUAUUUUUACAAAAGCCAA